CCAUGUGCCGCUCUUCCCUUCCGGCUCCUGGGGAUGAAGUGCACGCCGCCCGCCCUCGGCCUGCAGUCUAGAGUGGGUGAGGAGGCCGACCCUGCUGGCACCCCGCAUGUCUGAAGUGAAAGGGGGAGUCAUGCGUGGCCCUGGAAUGAGGAGCCGAGACAGGAAUCUCUGAUAGAAUGCAUCUUGUCUUGUUCUUGCUUCCCGGCAUGCCAGCGCUUCUUCCACGAAUUUGAAAGACAUAUUGGCUGACCUGAUACCUAAGGAGCAGGCCAGAAUUAAGACCUUCCGGCAGCAACAUGGCAAGACGGUGGUGGGCCAAAUCACUGUGGACAUGAUGUAUGGUGGCAUGAGAGGCAUGAAGGGAUUGGUCUAUGAAACAUCAGUUCUUGAUCCUGAUGAGGGCAUCCGUUUCCGAGGCUAUAGUAUCCCUGAAUGCCAAAAACUGCUGCCCAAGGCUAAGGGUGGGGAAGAACCCUUGCCCGAGGGCUUAUUUUGGCUGCUGGUAACUGGACAGAUCCCAACAGAAGAACAGGUAUCUUGGCUCUCAAAAGAGUGGGCAAAGAGGGCAGCUCUGCCUUCCCAUGUGGUCACCAUGCUGGACAACUUUCCCACCAAUCUACACCCUAUGUCUCAGCUCAGUGCAGCUGUUACAGCCCUCAACAGUGAAAGUAACUUUGCCCGAGCAUAUGCAGAGGGUAUCAGCCGAACCAAGUACUGGGAGUUGAUUUAUGAAGACUCUAUGGAUCUAAUCGCAAAGCUACCUUGUGUUGCAGCAAAGAUCUACCGAAAUCUCUACAGAGAAGGCAGUGGUAUUGGGGCCAUUGACUCUAAGCUGGACUGGUCCCACAAUUUCACCAACAUGUUAGGCUAUACUGAUGCUCAGUUCACUGAGCUCAUGCGCCUAUACCUCACCAUCCACAGUGACCAUGAGGGCGGCAAUGUAAGUGCCCAUACCAGCCACUUGGUGGGCAGUGCCCUUUCAGACCCCUACCUGUCCUUUGCAGCAGCCAUGAACGGGCUGGCAGGACCUCUCCAUGGACUGGCAAACCAGGAAGUGCUUGUCUGGCUAACACAGCUACAGAAGGAAGUUGGCAAAGAUGUGUCAGAUGAGAAGUUACGAGACUACAUCUGGAACACACUCAACUCGGGACGGGUUGUUCCAGGCUAUGGCCAUGCAGUACUAAGAAAGACUGAUCCACGAUAUACCUGUCAGCGAGAGUUUGCUCUGAAACACCUGCCUAAUGACCCCAUGUUUAAGUUGGUUGCUCAGCUAUACAAGAUUGUGCCCAAUGUCCUCUUAGAGCAGGGUAAGGCCAAGAACCCUUGGCCCAAUGUAGAUGCUCACAGUGGGGUGCUGCUUCAGUACUAUGGAAUGACGGAGAUGAAUUACUACACGGUCCUGUUUGGGGUAUCACGCGCAUUGGGUGUACUGGCACAGCUCAUCUGGAGCCGAGCCUUAGGCUUCCCUCUAGAAAGGCCCAAGUCCAUGAGCACAGAGGGUCUGAUGAAGUUUGUGGACUCUAAGUCAGGGUAAAACUGGAGACCAGGAGAAAGUGACUACUAGAAAGUGAGGAAGCCUAAAUAAAUAAAGAGUAUACUUUUGUUUCAGGGGGCCUUUAAAGACUUAAGAUUAAAUUAUAUCUGAGGCACUGAUAAUAUGUUUGAGGUUAAAAUAUAAAUUAAGACUUUAAAAGAUAAAAAAUUAUCCCUUCUUCCCUAAUCAGCCCUCUUCCCUGCCUGGUAUGAGUUGCCCAUCAUAGGGGUGGUCCUGGAGGAUGGCCAGGACUAAUGCAUGUAGUAUGAGUUAGGUUUGGCCCCACCACUAUCUCUAGAGUGAGAAUCUGGAUCCUCUUUCCAUGGGUCAAAGCCAGUUACAGAGAAUCUACAGUCACUUUGGAGCUUUUGCUUCUUCUCUGCCAAGCCCUGAAUAAGCCAGCAAACCAGGACUCUGCCCCUUCUGUUUCCAUAGGAAUCAUGGUGGAUAGUCAGCUGUACCAAGCCCCUUGGCCUUCUCCCAUGCACACAAACACCUCCUAGCAAGACCUACUGGUUAGCUGGACAUGCUUUGGCAAUUUUUUUAUGUGACCAAGUGACCAUAAAAGGCAUGGCAUUUGUUGUGACUGGCACCCAAUGUUUGACUUCUUUUUUUAAAACUAUCCAAUUAAAAUUAAGGUCUGGGAGUGUUCUGUUUCCCAUUACUUUAAUACUCACCUCCUCCCAGAUUUUACACCUAUUGCACCUCAAGCUGAGGAUGUUCUGGACCUCCCCUCUUGGUCCGUACUAGAGACCUCUCAACAGAUCUGUGGUCCCAGUCAUUGGGUUUUAUCCGUGCUUAAUGUGAACUAAGUUUUUUACUUCCACAGAACACAAGCCACUACCCUCUGGCCUCCCCAGUUUCCAGACCCCCAUCUUUUAAUAUGCUGUGAGGCAUAGAGCAGGGACUCAGGAAUAACCAGCAUGUUGUUUUCAGAGUCUGGUCCCUGGGUUAUUAGCACCUCUUUUUGAACAGAGAAUUGAUUUAAGAUUGAACAUGGUCUCUGAUUAUCAGGUACUGGGGCUGAGGGCAUUAAAAUAGUAAGCCUCCCUCUUCAUCCCCCACCUCAAGAAGAUGCCUCCUUAUUUAUCAGCAUCCUUUUCCUCCCUCUUCCCUGAGAGCUCAUGUACAACGUUUGUUUUAGAAGCCCCAUUUGCACAGGUUUUCAGCAACUCAGAAUGUUCUACUGCCUUUUCUUUGAGAAAGGAUUGAGAUACACUCCUGCUGUGCCCCCAUCUUCUCUCCAGACUCCUGCCUGUGUUUGUGUGGAUCCCCAGUCCCAGAACCGCACUUGCGUUGGACACACUGUAAACCCCUGGGUAACUGUCAAGUCAUGGUGCAGACUUCAGGUUGUUCUGUGUAAAAUGCAAAAUAAAUGUUUUUAUUAACAAUG